CGGAAAUUUUCUGGAAAAGACGGAUAUGGAAAAUAAUAUGGUGACUACCAACAGAACGGUAAUGGAGGCUGUAACUGCAGUUCCGAGUCGCUGUUUAAAGACAACGCAAACGGCAUCCCUGAAGACCUGCAAGCAAAAUGAUCCAGACUUCAACGGCUGCUUGAAAAAUGCUUUUACGGAUGCCUUGCCGGUUCUGGUAAAAGGUAUUCCCAGUCUGGGUCUCCCGCCACUUGACCCCUUACAUUUUACGCAAAUCAAAAUCAAGGACUCACCUGAACGGCCAGUCACCUUGAGCUUGGAAUUCAACGAAGUAGACAUUAUCGGCAAUGGCAAUGCGAUCAUCGACGACGUCGAGAUGAAGCCAGGCAGUUAUUACAUGAAGACAAAGACACAUACCGAUAAGCCAUUGACACUCGUCGGCCCAUACAAAGCAGAUGGCAAGGUGUUGGUGCUGCCCGUUAAAGGGGAAGGGAACAGCAACAUAACAGCAUCUAGACUGGAGGCCGUCCUGGAGCUAUUUGGACAGCCCAUUGAAAGAGAUGGAGAGGUGUACUGGGACGUCACGGACUAUAAGGUCGACCUCAGUUUGGGCAAGCUAUCGAUUGACUUGACAGGACUCUACAACAAUGACAAGGCACUAGCUGACAACACCCUCAAGUUUCUGAAUGAGAAUUCUGAAGAGAUUGCGAAGGAGGUGGUACCUGUCAUACAGGAAGCCCUGGCUGCCUCCUUCAAGGAGAUGGCUGAAAGAGUGUUUAGCAAGGUCCCCUACAACUCAGUCUUCCCACCUUCAUGAAGAUCUAGCAGCUAGGAAGUUCUGCUUAUAGAAAGGGAAUACAUUAAACAUGACACGUAGGUCAAUAUUAAUCUCUUCAUGGUAUUAUGUAUUCUUCGUAAAAACAAAGAUAUCUUGGCAUUGUUUUGCAACUAGUAAGUGAUUUUCCUUCCCUUUUAGUCAUU